UUUCUCAUUUUUCUUCAUCCCUAAACUCGGCUUAAUACUCAUCAAAGAAGAGAGACAACAAUGGCGCUCAAGAACUUACUUGCUCUUGUGGUUCUUCUUGGCGUUGUUGGAGUUUCCGUUGCAAGCCCAUAUGAGAACCCAUUUAGGAAGUCACAAAGUAACCCAGGCACGAUGGGUAAUCUUGACCUCGACUACUACCGCUACAAAUGUCCACAAAUGGAAGACAUUGUCCGCCGUGUCACAAUUCAAUAUGUCUCUCCCAAGCCAACUCUUGCUGCUGCGCUUCUGAGGAUGCAUUUUCACGACUGUUUUGUCAGAGGAUGUGAUGGUUCCAUUCUUAUUAAAUCACCAAACAAUGAUGCGGAAAGAGACGCCCCCAACUUGACAUUGAAAGGCUACGAAGUGGUCGAUGCGGUCAAGUCAGCUCUCGAGAUCGCGUGUCCUGGUGUUGUUUCUUGCGCUGAUGUUCUUGCCUUGGUCGCUAGAGACGCUGUUUUAGUGAUAAGAGGACCAUGGUGGCCUGUUCCAUUAGGGCGGAGGGACGGACGCAUCUCGAGAAUUUCCGAGGCUAACUUACCAUCUCCUUUUGCCAACGUUGAUACACUGAAAAAGAACUUCUCCGACAAAGGUCUUAACACUAAAGACCUAGUCGUCCUUUCAGGGGCUCACACCAUUGGUGUAUCUUCUUGCGGUCUCAUCAGCAGUCGUAUCUAUAACUUCACGGGCAGAGGCGAUUUCGACCCAGCGAUGAACCCUAACUACGUUAUGGAGUUGAAGAAAAGGUGCCAGCCAACAGAUGUCAAGACCAUAGUGGAUAUGGACCCAGGGAGUGUCGAUAAAUUUGACUCUCACUACUUCGACGCUGUGGAUCAGAGGAAGGGUUUGUUCAUAUCUGAUUCAGCACUUCUCAAUGACUGGGAGACCAAGCUAUACAUUAAGACGCAGGUGUGGACCCGUGGAGCUUCCUUCAACAGAGAUUUUGCAGAAUCAAUGGUUAAGCUCGGUUUCGUCGGGAUUCUUACCGGGGAUCAGGGUGAGGUCAGGAGCAGAUGCGAUCUCGUUAAGUAAUUUGGAUGGGUUUCGGUUUUUCUCAUAUGAUUGAAACCCUAAAACGCUUUCUGCUUAUUAUGUUCUUUUAUUUAUUUCACCAAGUCCUUUUUCCACGGAAGUUCUAUAUCUUUGAAUUUCGGAUUUAGUUUUAUGUAACUCAUGUAUUUCUUCCUUUCAUAAUGUUUUCUAUAAUGAAUAACAAUCAUUGUCUGUA